AUGUGGCUCCAAUAUUUCCUCAUAAUAUCACCUGUCUAUAGUAUUCUGGAUCGUCGUAACCCUGACAGUUGGAAUGCCAACGAACACAGUAGCCCUUUGGAAAGAGAAGACUGGAGAAAUGCCUUCGAAACUGGAUUCAGCAGAUUUUGCAAAAGACGCGGCACGGCAGGAGAUUUGAAAUAUGAUGGCUCAAUGAAACUCUUCAAUCUCCUCAAAAGACAUGUGGGUGGAUAUUCAAACACAACCGAGUUUCGUGGGUAUUACUAUCGCGUAGGAUUGGGGUAUAAUCCACUAAAUCACCUUGAUUUUUAUCCAAUGGCGUUUGCCGCGCAUAUCUCCAGACAUACAUACAAAGGCGAAAAAGAGACUUGCCAGAUGUUCCGUGAGUAUCCCCAUUUCCAGUGCGACAUGUUCAGGUGGACGUUAUCACUAUACAUUUACUGCGUUUUUGCUCACGAGAAGUAA